UCCUUGGCGCUUGCAUGCUUUACAGGAUGUUCGAUCGAAAGUCUCUGGAUUUUCGUUUCUACAAUGAGAGAAAAGCUCGCCUUCCAGGACGCUCGAUCGAAAGUCUCUGGUGUUUCGUUCCUCCAACGAGAGAAAAGCUCGUCUUCCAGGAGCUCCGUGAUUCCCUUCAAACGAGCGCCUCUACAUUAGCCUGCGUAAGUGUGCUAGCUUCUAUUUUUCUAUGGAGAAAGAAGCAAAAGGCCAAUCCACUAACCUUGGCGUCUUUGUUCCGUGUCCUUCCGGAUUUGAUAACUGGAUCGAUUGACCACAGACGAGAUUCUGGACACGUUGCAAGUAUGAAAACAGCGCAGGACUUCCUUCUCUCUUGUUCUAGUCAAUCACUUCCUCCACUUCAGUUUUGCAGUUCUUCCAUCGCAGUACUCUCCUGCAAUAAGCACACGAACAAAGCAUCAACCAGUCCAGAAUUUUCUUCGCACCGUGACACCAAUCAUCAAACACCUGAGUGAUUCCACUCCACUCUCGCCGGGAGAAAAAGAAAAAAAAAGAGAGGAGAGAGAUCCAUCCAUCAUCCAUCCAUGGCAGACUUAAAACGCCACAGGUAAUAUGCGCACUUUCGCCGUUAUAAUAAUUUCUUUCGUCCUGGAUUGAUUCCCUCGCAUAUUCAGGCUUGCCAGAUCUUUUCCUUUACAUAGGCCAGCUACACGUGCAAGCGAUCCGAAUAUUCAACGGUCAAACGCGGAACAAAAUCUCCAUCCCACGCACAGAACACGGCAACGGUCAAACUUCUCUUCCAUUGGUUGGUUUUUUUUUUCCAUUUCUUUUUGUUUUUAUAGGAGUAUUGUUUUUUUUCUUGGUUGCUUGCCUUUGUUCUUCUGGUUCUGGUCCACCACCACCAUCAUUUCCAGGGACCAAAAUGACAGUCACAACAACAUGUCCCCCAUUUUUUGGCUUUGUUUUUGAGCCAAACCCCUCUCCCUCCUUUUUUUGUGACUUGUGACCCCAACAACAAGGAGAGGGAGGGUCCCCUUGUUGGCAUUUGUAGUGGCCACACAGCUCAAGAAGCAAGGAAGUAAAAAAGAGAGGAAAGCAAAACAAUUGUUUUACAGAGUGUAACCUCAAAAAUCUACUAACUUUGCCUAGCUAUCAAUUUUUUCCCUGUUGGCUGGACAGCCAUCCCCUUCACACUUGUUACCAAGCAAGAAAGAAGCAAGCAGCAGCAUUCCAGAGGGCUUUGACCUUUCACUGAGCUUGGACUGAGACCAUCCUCUGGCAAAAUCACCACAAAAAAAUACAUUGCCAGAGUGAGAAGCACACACACACACACACACACACAAGUCUUGAGCCCACAAACACACAAAUUUGCUGAUGCCACUACUCCCACCCAGAAAGAAGAGAAGAAAAAAAUAACAUUACAGGUGGCAUGACAAAAAAAUUAGGUAUGACACACAC